AUGCUGGAUUGUGGUUACGAUGCUUACCAACUUCCUGUGGUUCCCAGGGCUUAUAGAUCACCCAGGAGACGCAGGCAAAAACAUAGAUCAGAGUUCGAGGUUUUAGCCCAAGCGGCCGGAAAAUUCUCAGGUUAUUCCAAUGCCUAUGAAACAAAGGAGACAAAGAACGAUUUCGUCGUUAAUAACUUUUUGGAGACAAUGGAAGUUGAGGUUAAGUCUCAACCUUGUGAUCGGGAGAAACCUUCUCAGGUGUUGUUGUCUAAGGACUGGUUAGCUCUUGGUCCUUCCAUUUCUAGCUCUCCUAUCACACAAGAAGAAAACUCCAGUAUCCAUGACUCCAAAACGCUUCUUCAGAUUGGGAUCCCUCGUGAUGAUGAUGACAACAACCACAACUUCAGCUCUUUGGGAUUCACACUAGAACCAAGGGAAUCAGAAAUAACAACAACGUUAAAUGCUACUUGCCCGAAAACGCGACUUAGGGUUCCAGGGUUUGUGGAGAGCACCAAAAUGGUGGUAGCUAAAUCUGUGGUUCCGGUUCGCAUGAAACCAGCGGCGCAGCCAGAGACGGUUCAACGGAGAAUCAGACGGCCAUUCACUGUCUCAGAAGUAGAAGCAUUGGUUCAGGCCGUAGAAAGUAUCGGCACCGGAAGGUGGCGCGACGUUAAGUCUCAUGCAUUUCACCAUGCAAAUCAUCGAACUUACGUUGACCUCAAAGAUAAAUGGAAAACGUUGGUCCACACGGCAAAGAUAUCAGCAAGGCAAAGGAGAGGCGAACCUGUGCCUCAAGAGCUUCUUGAUAGAGUUUUAGCCGCUCACUCUUUCUGGUCUGAUCGGCCCGGAUAA